AGCAGCUCUCUUUCCGUCCCGGCAGCGUAGCGGCGUAACGCUGUCCGCUGCGGGUCCAGUCGGGAGGGACUGUGCGCCCCGCUAUCAAGCGCAACAGCACUUCGGCACGUGGACAUCUAAAGGCACGAGGAGAAAAAGAGCUCGGUCACAGCAGCAUGACCAUUUCAACAAGGACGUAAUAUUACUUCCCAAUCCAUCAUGGGGAAUAGUGUGCAGACAAGGUACAAAAUUACGUUUACACAAACAUGGGCACAUCCUCAGUGCCUUUGAAUUCCAGAAGGCCUGGGACCAACAGACUGUUAUGGAACGCAUCAGAGAUAGUUUUGGUGAGCACAUUCCAGAGGAUGUCAGCCUCCAGUUUCUAAUGGCUUGUGGCAAUAAGCUGGUGUCCCCGAAACUCCAGGAGGGCCAGGAGCUGAAUGGGAUGCUAAUCCAUAAGGUUUUUAAAACCAAAGGCCUGUAUGUGAGACCAUCAAGGAUCCUUUUAACUGACUCCGACGAAGAAAAUGAAUGUUCCCACAUCACUACCAGAUCAACAUUAAGCAGUUGUGUAACAGUCAAGGAUGAUGACUGUUUGGAAGUUGAUGGUCCACAAAUCUACACUGGCAGACCUAGCACCACCAACGUUGCUACAAGUGAUGGAGGAAUGAGAAGUAAGGAUGACCCUACUAGCAGUCAUGAUGGAGAUGGCAACCCUGGCACUAGCAGUGGUGAUGAACAUGGCUAUGGCAUCAAACACGCCAACAGCAGUGUUGUUGAAAGGCCUACAGCAAUGCAAGGAAGUGGCACUAGUGGCCACGAUGGAGGUUGCCUUGCAAGAAAUUAUGGCAACCCUGGCACAAGCAGUCAUAAUGAAGACUACUCUUCAUAUUUAACACUUAUGGCUGCUCUUCCUGAUGACUAUUCAGAUGAUGAGGAAUUAAACCAAGCUAUAAUUGCCAGUAUGGAGAGUCAAACUGCAGAAAACGCCCCGGUUCAAGAGAUACUGCUGGAACUCUCAAGCAAAAUAAGCACAAAACAACAAUGCAAAUUUAAUAUAAAUCGCUCUGCUGUCUGGGACGGAGCUGUGAGAGGAUUCCAAAGGGUGUCCUAUGACCCCAACUUGAUGAUCACUGUAAAAUUCUCAGAUGACAUGGGGAGAAACGAGGAAGGGAUUGAUUUAGGAGGGCCAAGGAGAGAAUUCUUGAGGCUGCUGAUGGAGACCAUGGCCAGGUCACCCAUGUUUGAAGGAAAUGAAAACAGCAAGAACUUUGCUCUUGACAGUGCUGCUCUAAGAGAGGACCGGUACUACACAGCUGGCAGAGCCAUUGCUGUAAGCUUGGUACAUGGCGGUCCGCCACCAAACUUCCUCUCACCAACAGUAUAUUCUCUUCUGGUUAAUGGUUCAGCAAAACCAGUGCUAGAAGACAUAGCUGACAUGGAACUUUUGGAAAAAGUCAAAAAGGUAUCUGAAAGUACUACCCUUGAGGAACUUGAGAUGUCAAAGGCCCCGCUGCUUGACUACUUGGCCAAUGCAGGAUGUCUGAGGCCGAUGCAAUCAAUAAGAGACAGGGACUUGCUGGUAGAUGACAUUGUCAUGUUCCAGGUCAUCCACAGGGUUCAUGGUCCAUUUCAAAGAUUCUGUGAAGGACUGAAAACACUUGGGGUUCUGGAGAAAAUCCAAAGGCAUCCAGAAAGCUUUCGCCCCCUGUUCUGCUAUGAGCCAAGCCCACUGACUGCUGACCAGGUGGAUGAUAUCUUCAGCAUUUGGCUGUCUCCAGAAGGGAGCAACAAGAGAGCUGCUGAGGAGAUAGUUGUUCCCUUCUGGAGAGACUAUCUCCAGGAUGCAGAGGAGGAAGAAGGGCCAUCCAAAUUACAGAAAAUAUUGUCCUUUGCAACUGGAGCAUCUGUUUUACCACCUAUUGGGUUUUCUCCAACUCCCUCCGUCCAGUUCAUUCAUAAAGAAGAUGACGACUUCUCCUCUACACCAAUGUUCCCUAUGGCCAACACAUGUGUGAACUGCAUAAAGUUGCCACUACAUGUGUCAUACCAACUGUUCAAGGAGAAGUUUGACUUUGCAUUGGGAAACACAUAUGGCUUUGGCAGGGCAUAAACAUAUGCUCUAUAAAAAAAACAAAAGAAAGUCAACCGUUGCAUUUCAGAAUGCCCACUUCCCUUUAAAUGAUAUUGCCUUUGGCAGUUAAGUUUUCAAGUUUUAAAGAAAUUUGAGUCAUGGUGUAUUUUAUAUUUCCACUGCAAUUCAACUGACUCAGGUAACGUUUGAGACAAAUGUUCACCUUUGUGUCUCGUAUUCAUACUGUUUCAUACCAACUGUUGAAGGUAAUACAAUUAGAAUUUAGGCCAUUAGGCGUGAACAUAGUAUCAUGCGCUGUCCCAUGUUAUGUGUCUCUUGUAUGUCUCUCUUCGCAUGUCUGUCUGUUUGUCCCCCAUUUGUCUCUUAUCUGUCCGUCUCUUAUAUGUUUUUCCCUCUCCCUGUCUCCGUCUCCGCUUGUCUCGUUUUUGUUCAUUUGGUUUUAAUAAAACAAUAUUGAAACUUUAACAUAACUGUCUUGUAAUUCACUGAGAAAACUGCACAAAUCAAGUAAACAAAA